ACUGAAGCGAUAGUGUUACACACUGUAUUGUUGUUGUUUUUGAUAUGACUUGUUCUUGUUGUUGCUUUGUUUUUUGGUGCGUUCAAGUGCGUUCGACUGUGCAACAGGCGAGUGUAUCGUCGGCGGCACAGACUAGCAAAGCACUCCAGACACCGAUUGUUUGUUGGUUAGGCACUCAGUACAUUGCCGUCGACUGAAGAGGGCGUAUCGCAGGCGCCAAAGCACGGAAAAUUGUGAGCACAAAGUGUAUGAAAGAAAAUCUGAAUUCGGCAAAAAAUAGCAGAGAGAAUAUGUUGAUAAAGGCUAUAAAAUGUAUAGUUUGUGUGCAUUUUAAUUAAACGCCGGUGUGCAGAACAAGUGAUUAGCAAGUGAGUGAGAGGUUAAAUUUGUGUACAGUAGUGAGAAAAAAUUCAAAUAAAAAUAGGUUUUUUUGAAAAGUGUGAAAAUUUGUUUAAAUGCAAAUUAUUAUGUUUAUUAUGUGUUAAAUACGCAUUAGUUGGUGCAAUUUGCCUGUAGUUAUGUGCUUUUAGCAUGCACCAGCUGUAGCUACGCCGAAAAGUAUACAACAUAGCUGGAAUAUAUAAGCACCAACAGCCCGUCUGUGUGUGUGUGUGUGAGUGAGUGAGCGACAACCACUUGUGCAUAUCGAAAUAUUGUGUGUAUUUUCAAGGCGACAUAGGCACAACAACAACAACAACAACAUCAUCAAAACCAACAACGAUAACGUUAGCAUGCCACACGACAGCAAAUACCGUAACAAAAUUUCUUGGAAAUAUUACAACAACAAAAAGUGAAGUAUACAGCACGUAGUAAGCAUACGCAGUGGUGUGCACAACAACAAGAACAACAACAAAAAACACUAAAGGCGUCCUUUUAACUGGCAAUAUUUAACGCUAACAACGCCAACAACAACAACUACAAUAGUCAAAAGCAGUGCUUCUCACCGCCGCCAACAACACCAACCAGAACCAGCAGGCUGUCAGUUAUUUACACUGCUGUCGCCGUCGCCGUUGCAUAUUUACAUACACUGCAGGAAAUGGAUUUUCAAAGCCACAACAACACAAGCGGAAAUAAGUUUGUCUGUCCCAGCGACAGACAAUUGGCAUUGAGAGCAAAAUUACGCGCUGGAUGGAGCAGCUCGAAGAGCAACGAACCACUACGACCCGAUGAACAAGCCGCUAUUAUUUCCGUCAUCCGCCGUAAUGAGGAGAUCGAGAUUGCGGAGCGACAGCGCGUUGGCCGACUAGUCGAGCGUGUGGAGAAAAUUAAACAACGCGCCGUCGAACGUGGUCCAAACUGUUGUCGUCUCUGCGGCGAUACAUUUGGACUGCUGCGUUCGACACGCAUCAUUUGUGAGGACUGCAAGAAGGCGGUGUGCGCCAAGUGUAGCGUCGACAUUAAUAUACGCUAUCAUACCAGUGAUCGUACGCGUGAAAUAUGGUUGUGUCGCAUCUGUUCGGAGACACGUGAAAUGUGGAAAAAGUCGGGUGCAUGGUUUUUCAAAGGGCUUCCCAAUUAUGACGCACCGAGCAGCACAAAUUCGACACCCACACAUCAGACGGCAAGUGGCGGCGCCAUGUCUGAUGUGUUGCUGCCGCCGCGUGGCGCACAAAGUUGUAACAGCACACCCACGCGCAAUGUGCGCGUCAAGAAGCUAACAAUACAUGUCGAUGAUAGUAGUAGUUCGGAAGAGGAUACAAAUGGAGGUGGUGGCGGUGGUGGUGAUGUUGUGGACGGCGCCAUUAGCGCUGUGACUGCAACAGCGCCGUUGACAACAGCACGCACACCAAAUAGAAAUUCUUUCACAGCUGAUGUGUCACCACCGGCGGCGACGCGUAUGCAACGUGAGGAUAGUUUUCGUUUGCGCACUUUCGGUUCCAUACGCAGUUUCAUUGAUAGCGGUGAGCGCAAACUUUCCAACUCAUUCUUUGCCAAUCGGCAGACAUCCCGAACCGAGAGUAAUCAGCCCGAUUAUGAUACCAUAUCAACGGCGUCGACUGUCACCUCGGUGAAUAAUCGACGUGAGAGCAACAGUAAUUAUACGCGUCGCAGCUCCGUCUCCUCAUCUUGGUCGAUCAGCGGCGAAAGUUCUUCGGGCAAUUCGGCGAACACGAGUAAUCAUGUGCCCAAUCACAAUCAAGUUAAUUUGCAUUGUCGCGAAUUGCUCGGUUGGCUCGAAGUGGCCGUUAGCUAUCGCGAGAGCGUACAUAGUCUGGACUGUAUAAUGGUAAGAGCACGUGAUCUGCCCGCUAUGGAUGCGGCGGGCUUAACAGAUCCCUAUUGUAAGGUGAAUCUGGUAACACCCGAAGGUAUGACCAAAUAUUCACGUUGGUUGCGCACCAAAACAGUGCAUAAAACGCGUAAUCCGGAAUUUAAUGAAACGCUGCAAUUUGUGGGUGUCGAACCGGAAGAACUAAACGGUUCGUCGCUGUAUGUAGCGAUAUUCGAUGAUGAUAAGUACGGUCAUGACUACUUAGGAGGCGCUAAAAUUGCGCUCUCGCCGGUGCAUAAUACCAAUCAGUAUCGCAUAUCGGUGCCCUUGGGUGGUGAGGAUCGUUUUAGCAAUGAAGCGGAAUUGUCACAGGAGUGGCCACAUGGCAAAAUUUUGAUUUCACUCUGCUAUAAUACAAAACGACGUGCUUUAGUGGUGAAUGUGAAGCAAUGCAUCAAUUUGAUACCGAUGGACAACAAUGGCAGCUCGGAUCCAUUUGUAAAGCUACAACUAAAACCUGAUUCACAUAAAAAUAAAAAAUACAAAACCGGUGUCAAAUGGCGCACACUAAAUCCGAUAUAUCGCGAAGAGUUCUAUUUCGAGUCGAGCCCACAUGAUCUGAAUAAACAAACGCUGAUCAUAACCGUUUGGGAUAAGGACAUUGGCAAGAGUAAUGAUUUUCUCGGCAGUUUGGUAAUCGGUUACAACAGUAAGGGCGAACGUUUGCAGCAGUGGCUGGACUGCAUAAAAUUACCGGAUCAUUUUCAUGAGAAAUGGCAUUGUUUAUCAGGGGAGCAUCCAACACAUUAAUCAAAUGCACAACAGAGUAUAACGGAAGCGAUAAAUAAUAAAAUUAAUUAAAAAAAACACUUAAAUAAAGACCUGACACAAGCAUUAUAUUAUCAUUGUAAAAAUAUAAAUAAAUAUGCAUUUGGCAUUUAUAUUUAAAUAUAGUUACAUAUGCAUUA